GCUUAUUUGACGCCGAUCAGUCAGUUCCAGCCGGUGCUGGUGCGCACGGCGUACGACAAAGUUGACAGCGUCUAUUAUCUCGUGCAGAAGCUGAUUCUGGAUCAUCAGAGUGUGACGAGUGGCCUGUUCCCGCGUUACUCUAAAAAUCAUGAGAUUGGUUUUGUCAAGGAUAGCAUCUAUUGCGCGUUGGCCUGCUGGGCAUGCUCAAUCGCCUACAAGCGGCUGGAUGACGACCGCGGAAGACAGACGGAGCUGCGACAGUCGGCCGUGAAAGCGAUGCGAGGGAUCAUGUUCGCCUGGAUGCAGCAACUUGAUAAUCUGAAUCAGUUCAAGAAAAACAAUUUACCAGAAUUUGCGCUGCACGCACGCUUCGAUCUGCACACGGGCAUGGCACUGACUACACCCAACGAAAAGGUAUCCUCGCAUUUUAUCCGAACUACAUUCGAUAAUCUUCUGGGUUUGCUUUGUAUUGCAGUGCAUUGCAAAAUUUGA